UGGAAGAUUUCAUGUGGUGUUGGGAAAAAUUUUGCUAAUUUAUCGAAAAGUAUCAAGAAAAAUCAAUAUAUAUUUAACAAUUUUAAUAGAAAAAGGUUUCAUAUAAUCCUUUAAGUGUGUAAAAGUGUUAUUUCACUUCUAUAAAUUCGUGCAUCGUAUAAAGCUACGUUUCAAUAAUCUGCAAAUUUUGUUUCCAAAGCGGUGUGAAAAAAUUUUCCAAGAAGAAAAAUGAGUGAAUUUGCUGCAUCACAAUCUAAUCUAAAUCAGUCGCAAGCUUUUGCAGCAGCACUACAACGUGCUAAGCAGAUAGCCGCAAAGAUACAGCCAAAUGCCGCACAACCAAGUGGUGGAGGUUCUUCUAGCGCUGGUAUCUCACCUCCAUCUGGCGUUGGUUUUAAGCGUAACCACGAUGAUAGUGAUUCCGGUCCGGAAGCCAAACGUUUCACUAGUCCUGGCAACGAUUACAAUAAUUCCAACGGUAGCAGCGUUGGAGGCGGCGGCAGUAAUGCUGGAUCGACGAACAUUUCUCAAGCACUCGCACAAGCCACUGCUGUUGCACAGCGUUUAGCGGCUACAGCUGGCACAACGGUGGAGGAGCAAAUACGCAUUCCAGAAUCGCUGGUAAAUUCAGUAUUGGGACGUGGCAGCACUGAGACAAUUACCCAAAUUCAGGGUGAAUCUGGUUGUAAAGUGCAGCUAUCACAGGAUCAAGAUCGAGUCAUUACGUUACGUGGAUCCCGUGAGACUGUUACUAAAGGACGCGAAUUAUUCCAACAAUUGUCUAAUCGUAAUGGAGGUGGAAAUAUCGAAGUUGUGUUGACCAUAAAUAUGCCCCCACCAGGGCCUACAGGAUUCCCACCGUACCAAGAAAUUAUGAUACCUGGCACCAAAGUGGGCUUGGUAAUUGGCAAAGGUGGUGAUACCAUAAAACAAUUGCAAGAAAAAACGGGCGCGAAAAUGGUUAUAAUACAAGAUGGACCAAAUCAAGAAAUAAUUAAACCACUUCGUAUCUCUGGAGAUCCGCAAAAAAUCGAACAUGCCAAGCAAGCUGUAUUAGACUUGAUAGCACAAAAAGAUUUACAGGCAGCUGCGCUUGCAGCUCGUAAUAAUGGCGGGAGUGUGCAAGGCGCUGGGGUUGGCGGAAGUGGCGGCUAUAAUUUUGGCAACACUGGCGAACAGUGCGAAGUAUUUGUGCCGAAAAUAGCUGUCGGUGUGGUUAUUGGUAAAGGUGGUGACAUGAUACGUAAAAUACAGACCGAGUGCGGUUGUAAGCUGCAAUUCAUUCAAGGCAAGAAUGAUGAACCCGGCGACAGACGAUGCCUUAUACAAGGCACACGACAACAAGUUGAUGACGCCAAACGUAUGAUUGACGGACUUAUUGAGAAUAUGAUGCAACGACAACAACGCAAUGCUAAUAGCAGUAGCAAUGGCAGUAUGGAUGGAAACAAUUCCAAUUACGGUUACGGUUAUGGUGUAAAUCACGCACAACAGCCGCCACGUGAAGAGAUAACAUUUAUGGUACCUUCGUCAAAAUGUGGUAUUGUCAUUGGUCGCGGUGGUGAAACCAUCAAGCUUAUAAAUCAGCAAUCUGGGGCAUAUUGUGAAAUGGAUCGAAAUGCUGUCAAUCCACCAUCUGAGAAGCUCUUCAAAUGCAAAGGCACCUCGGAACAAGUCGAAGCUGCACGUCAAAUGAUUGCCGAAAAGAUUAAUAUGGAGUUGCCAAUUAUUUCGCGCAAACCCAUUAGUGGUAACAUUCCUGGACAACAUAAUAACCAAGGUGGUUAUGGACAGAACCCCAUGCAAAAUGACCCAAAUGCCGCUGCUGCCGCUUAUCAACAGCAGUGGGGCGGUUAUGCACAAGGUUGGGGUGAUCAAAAUCAGCAACAACAAAUGAUGAUGGGCGGUGCCGCCAUGGGACAAAAUACGGGAGCAGCUGCUGGUGGCCAAGCUGAUUACUCCGCACAAUGGAUCGAAUAUUACAAAUCAAUGGGCUUGAUGCGCGAAGCUGAAAUGAUAGAACAACAGCUAAAAGCUAAACAAGCUGGUGCGAAUGCUGGUCAACCAAUGGGUGCUGUUGGUAUGCCACAACAACAGCAAGCACAACAGCAGCCUCAACAGCAGCCACAGCAACAACAAGCACAACAAGGCGGAGGUACAGCAGAUUAUAGCGCGCAAUGGGCGGAAUAUUAUCGCAGUAUAGGCAAGAUUGCUGAAGCUGAAGCCAUCGAAAAGCAAAUGAAGCAAGGACAAAAUGGCCAAGCGAAUGCAGCAGCCGGCGCCGUUAACAGUAAUAAUGCAGCAGGUAUCAAUAGCAAUGCAGGUGGUAGUAGCAACGCAGGCGCUAGUAAUAACCCCGCUGAUGGCAGCAACAAUGCAGCAAUGCAAGGUAUGACACCUAGUCAAUAUGCGCAAUAUUCACAGUACUAUGCAGCGGCGCAAGCGAGUCAGGCGGCAGGCGGUGCUGCACCCGGCUAUCCACAAGCGGCUUAUGGGGGCUAUGGCGCACCAGGAGGUGGAUAUCCAGGCGCGCCACAACCCAACAUGCAGCCCGGUAAUAUGGGUGGCGGACCAAAUGCCGCCAAUCAGAAUAAACAAAAAGGCGACCAGAAGUAAAUACUAUGUAUAAGAGUACCGGCGGCAGCAAUGUAGACGUAGCAGAAAUUUGUGUAACGCGUGAAAUGCGAAAUGAUUAAUGAUGUUAAAGCAGUUGAAUGGGAGGUCACAAAUGUCUCAAUUACUACUACUUCUACUACUACUACUACUACUCCUUACCACUCACAGCAAAAAAUUAAAAUAAAUACAUAAAAAAGAAAAUGAGUCUGCGAAAAUGUGUUGGCGUGUGCGAGAUGGUUUAAAAAUAAUAUAUUAUUAUAAAUAUAUGCAUAUAUUUUUUUAGUUUGUAAGCAUAAUUUAUAGAAACAUCAACAGCAUUAAUACAAAUGAAAAAUUAGAUACAAAUCAAAGGCGCGACUCUAGAUCAUGUUAAAUUCACAUCAAAUUUGAGUGCAUAAUACACAUAAAAACAUCAUAAAUACUGCGAACGUUCACAUAAAAUAGUAUUGCAACGCUACCCGAAAGCAUCUAUCGAGUGUUUUCUAAAAAAAAAAGAAUAAACUAAAAAAUUUCGUGUCGAAGGAAAAAACUAGUAAAAGAAUGCAUUAGUCGUUUUGUUCCAUUAAAAAAAAAGAAAAGAGUAAAAAAAUGUGAACACUCUCUUAGCUAAUGAAAUAUUUGCAAUGUAAGGCUUAGUGACAAUUAACGCUCGUAAAUUUUCCACAAAACUAAAAAA